GACAGUCUGCAAGCGAAUAGGAGGGGCGAGCGUCGGGGAUGCCACAGGAAUGAUCCAUUAACCCGCAUACCCCACAUCCGCAUGUAUGGAUUUACUCGUAUAUGUAACGUUACUGUAGGUUCACCCGAUGCAAUGACGCGCGAGGAAGCGUAGCCCAUCCUAUUUUCUCCUCAUUGAACUUACUCAAACAUCCCUGACUGUUCAUAUAAUUCACUUUACACGCGGAGCACAUGAUCGAACUAUCAGAGGUGUUCUGAAUGAAAUGAGGAUCUGCCAGCCUUUCAAUAACAAUGCCGGAGAAUUUAAGCGGAGCCUUCAUUGAUCGACCUACAUCCAGAUCAUCCACCUUCUGCUUCUCUGCCCUGUUCGCUCUUCCAAACCACCUUCACAUGGACGGGAGCAGUCAUCCGUUCAGGAGGACUCUGUACCGGUUGAAGUUAGUGAGUUCUCCGAAUUUGAGUCAACUGGGGAAAAGUGAAAAGGCUUCAUUAGAGGAAAGAGGAUCUGGGCCUAAUGCCACAUGGAACAGCAUUCACAACGCAGUCAUUGCUGUAUUCCAGAAGAAAGGACUGGCAGACAAUGAACUCUAUACACUCAAUGAAGGCGUGAGGCAACUAUUAAAAACAGAGCUGGGCUCAUUUUUCACAGAAUACCUUCAGAAUCAGCUGCUGACGAAAGGAAUGGUCAUUUUACGGGACAAAAUACGAUUUUAUGAAGGUCAAAAAUUAUUAGAUUCUUUGGCCGAGACUUGGGACUUCUUCUUCUGUGAUGUUCUCACUAUGCUUCAAGCAAUCUUUCACCCUGUCCAGGGAAAGGAGCCAUCGGUGCGUCAGCUGGCCCUGCUGCACUUCCGGAACAUCAUCACUCUUAACAUGAAGCUGGAGGAGGCUCUAUCCAGACCACGAGCUCGCAUUCCGCCCUCCAUCAUCCAGAUGCUUCUGGUGUUACAGGGGGUUCAUGAAUCUAAAGGUGUGAGCGAGGAAUAUCUGAAGCUGGAGUCUCUCAUUCAGAAGGUUGUGUCGCCGUAUCUAGGCACGCAAGGAUUGUGUUCCCAUGAGUUCGGCCCCUCACAGUGCUCCUGUUUUAUCGAGAGGCGUUCCCAGUAUUGCUUGUCCCAGACUGCAGACCUUCCCUCCAGUAACCCAGUAGUACGUUCCAAAAGUUACAACAUCCCAAUGCUGACCCCCGUGGCUGAGUAUGACUCAGAGGUCAGCUCUGUGGGCAGCGUGGGCAUCCGUCGUCACUCUGCUUGUGAUGUCACUUCCUGCUUGGAGGAUCAGGGCUAUUCCGCCCUGUCUGUUGGAAUAGAGACAAGCUCAACCCCCAGGCUCUUGCUUGAUCAUGACCUCGCAUUGAACGGCGUGAUGCGAGGUGCCACGGGACAGCCCGCUCUCAUUUCUCCUUCCGUCUUCAUACACACCUCUGCAGGUUGUCUGCACUCAGCAGAACCCCAGACGGCUCUAUCCGAGGGGGACAAGGCCGUUUCGUCACCCCCUAGCUGCCCUUCCAGUCCAGAGACCAUCGUAUUGCAGGGUUUGGACUCACUGGAAUCGGAUCCCGAUGGAAUUUUCAUUGACUUUUCUCAUUGCCGCUCGGAUUCGUUCGGAACCAGCAGGAAAACAAGCUGACGCGUCAUCGCUGUGGAAUGAACUGCUGUGAAGAACUCCAGUGAAGAACGCGGCACUUUAUUUGGGGAUAUUAUUAUGAGGUUUAAACUGGAAUUUCAUUUGAAAUUUGCUCAAAAGCCAAGGCUACUCUGUGAAUAUAUGGGAAAGGAUUGUUUUCAUAAUGUUCUAAACCUGUGGAUGUGUUUCUGAAUUUUCUACAUAGUUUUUCAUAGCUAAUAGUGACACUAGGAAUGGAAUGUCUCCAUUUUAUUUAACACACAUUUUUAAUGGAUCUCAAUUUUUUUGUUUUGUAUUGAGAUGCCAGCAUCACUACAUGUUAUCUCUUCCAUCAUCGUCAGUUCUAAUGUCAUGCACUUUUUAUUGUCAUAGGGCUUUAAAUACAACUAUGUGUAGUGCUUUUUAAAUCAAUGCCAACCUCAGCUGCGCUCUUAAUGGUAUGAGAUGAAAUUAUGCCUUUAUGUUUUUUACUUUGUGACUAUAACAUAUUGCUAUUGACAAUACAGUUAGUGCAGAAAAUGGUACAUGCUGAAAAUGCAAUGUUUGUUUCUUGAUGUUAAGUUAAAAUGUGAUAGUAAUUAAUUACUUGAGUUAAUAGGGUUUGUCCGUUGAAUUUAAGAAUGUAGAUACACCCAUUUUGCUUUAGUCGGUGAGACAGACAGAUGAAAAAUAAGGUUUACAAAAAUGUAUUUGAUCCUAACCUGAGGAAUUUGAGAUUAUUUGUGAAAUACGCAAUUUAAAAAUUCUUGGGCUAUUAGAAGCCAUAUAAGAGGUUAAUUUGAUAUAAAAACAGAUUAAUACAAUUAUUUAAGACUAAUGAUUUGACUAUAAAGUUAGAACCACAGGAGGAAAGUUACUUUAAUGGAUACACAUGGAUACAUGUAUUUUGUUAGAUAAGAAUAUAUAGUUCUUAAAGUAGUUAAAAUCUGAUUGAUUGUAUAAAAAAGUUUUAGGUACUUUAGAAAAAAUGUGUCGCUUGUGUUUCUUAUUUAAUUUUUUUAGCUUUUGACCUUGGUUAUAAAACGGAUUAAUUUCUCUGUAAUUUUAUAGAAAGAACCCGAACAUAGAUUUUUAAACAAGCAAAAAAAAGUAGAAAUUAAAGGUUUACAGUGAGACUCUUAUUAUGUUAAUAAUAACAUAAUAACAAUUAUGUUACUCUUAAGAUGUUGCACUGAUAUUUUUAAAUGCUGUACUGUUUCAUAAUGAUUUUAUUGUUUAAGUGUGCUUUGUGGACAACUUCAACAUUUUGUAGUAAAAUACUUUAAUACUAAA